AUGGACGAAAAGUUAGCUAAGGACCGGACCUACGGCAUUGGAGAAGUCGAGCCUCCACGUGAGAUCGACGUGGACAUCGGGAAUGGAAUCAAGGGCACAUUGACCAUUCCACACUCUGUAGACUUGGACGACUUCCUCCAGCUCGGCUACGCUCCACCAACCAAAAAGGUGGCGCUCAUUCUUCAUGGCCAAGGAGGUCAUAGAGACUAUUGCUACCAGAAGUUGGUAGCGCAUCGGUUGGCUGCUGACUUGGGCCACUACUCAUUGAGAAUCGACUUCCGAGGCUGUGGCUAUCUGGACGACCAUCCAGACACAAAGGAGGGCCGCACAUUGACCAGAGACAUUGAGGAUAUUCAGACAUGCGUGGAAUAUUUAUUGGAUAGCUCGCGGAAUGCUGUUAACAUCAACUUUCUUCUUCUGUCAAUCAUUGCACACUCGAGAGGAAGUGCUGCGAUGUUCUUGUGGGCAGUGCAACAGGAGGAGCUUGUUCGUAGCGGGAAAGGUGAAAAGGCUGUGAUCGUGCCCAACUUGAUCAAUUGCUCCGCCAGAUACCGUCUGGAGACCAUCUAUGAGAGAUACACCUUCUUGGAUCAGGAUUUCGAGUUUAUAGAGCAGACUGCCAUGCGGUUUGGCAAGUACCAACCCACAAAGGUCACCAAGGCUGAACUUCUCUCAUUGUCAUCGCCUGAUCUCUCUGUGGUGCGCAAGUUAUCCACUGCAUGGUCUGUUUUGAGUGUCUACGGACUCGAGGACCAUAUUAUCCCCAGAGAGGAUUGUGCCUACUACGCCAACGCUCUAAACAGGGGUCCAUACACCCACCAACUAGAGCUUAUCGAGGGCGCCGACCAUAACUUUUACGGAAGAAAGGCUGUUACCGAUGAUCUCCAGGAGGAUAUGAAUCCCAACGGAUACCCAUUGAACAAGAAGAAGAGGAUUAACUACAACUAUUUGGUGAGUGCAAUUAUCACCAAAUACCUUCGAUACGACCAGGAACUACUUCGUUUUGCGACGCAGACGAAGUAUAUUGGCGGUAUCCCAAGAUCCAAAACUGUGGAUGGAAUCGCCAACUUUAGAGACGUUGGGGGCUGGAAAAUCAAUGCUCCUACGUUCCACACGGCUACACAACCUGGUACCUGCUACUACAUGCGCCCAGGAUAUUUGUUCCGCUGUGCUAAUACUAUAGACAUUAGUGAGACUGGCGCAGAAGCACUCAAGAACUUGGGAAUUCGUUCGGUUUACGAUCUUCGAUCAAUCCAAGAAUGUGAGAAAGAUGGAGUCUCACCACUUUUCGAGACCGUCGACGUCGAACGCUUCCAUGCUCCUGUGUUCAGAAACGAGGAUUACUCGCCUCAACUGAUUGCUGUUCGGUUGUCACAUUUGAUCACAUCGUGGCAUACUUACGUUAAUAUUUAUGAGCACAUGUUGGACAGUGGUACCAGCCUGUUCCGGACCAUGUUUGAACAUAUUCGGGAUCAUCCAGAUCGUCCUCUUGUAUUCCAUUGCACUGCAGGCAAAGAUCGUACCGGAGUGUUUGCCAUGUUGGCGUUGAGGUUAGCUGGUUUGGACCGUCAUACCAUUGCAGGGGAGUACGAGUUGACCACGUACGGAUUGCUUCCCGACCAUGCAAAGAUCAAACAGAAGUACGUGACACAGAUGCAAAAACUCAGAAGUAAAGAAGGAGCAGCUGCAUUAGAGGAGCUCAUCUCACGUGGACGUAAGAAUUGGUCCAUUGAGGACGAUGGAUUUGCAAACUUGAUUAGUUCCAGGCAUGAGGCGAUGUUAGAUACUAUAGACCUUCUUGAUACCAAAUACGGAGGUAUUGUGGAGUAUAUGAAGAACGUGUUGGACUUCAGCGAACACGAUAUCAAGAAGAUAUUCAACAACUUAGUGUUCACGGACAGUUGCAAGAAUGAGCCAUUCUUAACAUCGGGAGAGGUUUCGAAGUUUUAG